AUUAUUAUGCCUACUUGGAUCUUCCACAAUUUUAAGAGCUGGAAAUCCUACAGUACAAAGUAUGACUUCCUACAACGUUCAGAACUAAUCUACAUGUACUCAGGUUUCACUGUUUUGUUUUGGCUCGGCUUAAAACAACAUGUGAAAGAUUUCGUAGGGAGGAAAAAAAAGGCAAAGUUUGCAAGCCAUUUUACUGUUAAGGUUAUUAAGCUCAAUUUUUUAAAAUUACUGAAUAGGACUACGAAAAACAUGCUUCCUUUUUCUUACUAGUGUUUAAUGUAAUACAGUUUAUAGGGUGAUCUUCUCUUGUGGUAUACCACAGAAGGAAUGCGAAUCGCAAUUACGUUCAUAUGAAGUGCUCCGGGUAGAGUUGUCUUGGCAGCAGCUGGGCUGGAGUGAGAUGUACUGCGGCUAGCCAGUUCAAGGCUGGAAAACUGCUCAUCUCUGGGCUCCAACAUGCUGGGAAAGGACUACAUGCUGGCUAUCAUCAUAGUCAACUAUGAUGAUAACAUUUGGAAUGACCAGAAUUUGGAGCCGGACUCGGAUCUCCCACCAGGCUGGAGGACAAUCAGGGACAGUACUGGCACCUAUUACUGGCACGUGCCAACUGGCACCACUCAAUGGCAUCACCCAUCCUGCAGCUCUGAUGGAGACCAGACUGCAGUCAGUGGAUUUGCAACCACAGGAUAUGAGGGAUUCCAUCCUGAUGGAUCAAGACAAUCUAGAGGAAGACAGAUUGAGAGCCCCAUGGCCUCCAUAACCAACAGGAGCUCACUUCCUUGGCAAGAGGAAGAUUAUUUCCAAACCAAUAGUGACCCUGACUCUAAGUGCUUCGCUGUGCGCUCACUAGGCUGGGUGGAGAUCCCUGAGGAGGACCUAGCUCCAGGCAAGAGCAGCAUAGCUGUCAAUAACUGCAUUCAGCAGCUGUCUCACAGUAAGUGUGAGGGCCGGGAUGCUGUAGGAGCCUGGGGGGAGGGCCAGGACAUGGUAAUGAUUCUGAAGAAGGACACUCUUAGUCUGGUUGACCCAGUAGACCACAGCCUGAUCCACUGUCAACCCAUUAUUAAUAUCCGAGUAUGGGGGGUAGGCUGUAACAAUGGCAGAGACAGAGACUUUGCCUUUGUAGCCAGUGACAAAGACACCUGCAUGCUGAAGUGCCAUGUGUUUCGCUGCGAUGUUCCUGCCAAGGCUAUUGCCACAGCUCUCCAUGACAUGUGCUCCAAGAUCAUGGCUGAACGCGCAUCGAUGCACCCCUCUAUGACCAGGUCUCUCACCAUGGAAAGUAUCUCCCCAGAGGACUUACCACUGCAAGUAGAUUUCCUGGAUGCAGUGAGACUGAGUGUACAGAAAUUUCAGGUACUGUACAUUGGACACCAGCCUGUCCCCAGAGCUAUGGGGAUGGAAGUGCUGAACAGAGCAAUUGAAAAUGUCACAAAUUCAGUUGACAGAGAUGAAUGGGAGCCCAUUACCAUCCAUGUGUCUGACACUCUUUUGUCACUGUGGAAAGGAGAGGACGGUGACGACCCGUUUUGGGAAUGCCAGGUGAGGUAUUUGACCUUCCUUGGUGUGGGGCACGACACUCACACAUUUGCAGUCAUCAUGGAUGCAGGGCGCCAGCGUUUCGAGUGUCACGUGUUCUGGUGCGAGCCUGAUGCUGGAAGCGUGUCCGAAGCAGUGCAGGCGGCUUGCAUGGUUCAAUAUCAGAAAUGUUUGGUGGCUCAGACCCCACCUUUGAAAUCAAAAAUGUCUCGAGCCAGCACCAAGGUGAAGCGUGCCACCUCCAUGGACAGUUCGUCCUUUGCCCCCCGUCGCCGUGGGAACUCCCCACCAAAGUUUGGGGCCUCUAGCAUGAAGAAGGGGGUGCUGGCCUUCUUUGAGACCUUGAGAAACAAGCAGUCAGCAGUACCUAUGCCCUAGCCGCUGUGGAGAACAGAGAGAGAGCAGAGACAGACAUGUCCUGCCUUUGUCUUUAAAGUCGGAAAAGUCCAGAACAGAAUGGGAUUUUAAUCCUCCUACAGGUGAUAGCCUCAUCCACAGGAAAUGCACCGAGCACAGGGACUCAUUUUGCCUGCUUUUAAUGGGACUGUCAGUUUUAUUGUCUCUAAAACGAUUUACAUAUCUUUACAGGGCACAUUUCAGGUGCAAUUUUAAUAUGAAAAAAAAAUCAAGGUGCUGUUUUUUCACAUUCCAUACUUCUCCUUCAGUGGCUCCAAAUGCUAAGUAUGAAAAAAAAAUACAAAAUGAUACUUUAAAGGUGAGUUAACAUGAGAAAGAAACAGGUGUAUAAAUCAUCACUGAUGAGCGGGAUGACUUUAGGUGAAGUGUGGAAUAUAAGAGACUGCUUAAUGCAACUCCAUUCCCCACAUAAAAUCUAUAUAUAAUUAAUAAUCUGUCAAAUCAGUGGAUAUGAAAAAUACUCUUUAUUUUUGCAUAGUAAAGGUUAUAGAAAGUGUUUACACUAAAACAUAAUUCAUCUGAAUCUCUGUAUUGCUGUUGUGCUUCGACACUUUUCUUGACGUUUACUGAAGGACAAGAACGUCUCCCAACCCAGAAUUUGUUUACCUUUUUGUGAAAAUUAUAUCUGGCAUUAAAUAGGUAUACAACUGACCAUUGCAAUACAAAUAAUCAUUAGAGUAAAGUGGGGAUCUAUUUCAACCGAGGUUAGUGGACAACCCUAGUAGGGUUUAUUUCAAUAUAUCAAUUCAUGAGCAACUCUUAAGUCAAGGCCUAACGUUUGCCUUUGUUUCUCAAUCCAUAUAUCAGCACCAUGACCAUUCUGGCAAAGGUGACAAUUGUAAUGUGUAGUUGACAAACUACAGUAAGGACACUUAUGAGAAGGAAUACAAAUUUAGACUAAAAUGGCAUAUUUUUGAAUAGUGUAUGUUGGUGCAUGUGCUUUUUUUUCCCUUCUUUGUCUGAAGUAUUUUCUGAUGACCCUAUUCACAUCCCCUGAAUGUGUUGAUAGAUAAUUGCCAAUGUUCUGGGGAACUUUUAAUUCUACAAUGAAUUGUUUUUCCCUGAAAAAGUGUAUUAUAAAGCAAAUUAACUCAGGUCUCCUUAUUAAUAUACAGGUAAAAAGAAUGGUAAUGACUGCAUUCUGGCAUGUAUAAACAUGUUUAUUGAAUUCCUGAUUAAGGAGAAUUAUAUGAGAUGCUAUCACUAUGAUUUCUGUCUUAAUUUAUGUGGUUUUGCUGUUUAUACUACCGGUAAAAAUUCUGCAACAUAUUAGCACAACAGUAGAACAUGUAUGGAUUUGAUUGUAAUUUUUUUUUAUUGUAAGAAUACAUAUUCAAAGUGCAGAAGGGAUCCUAUGCCCUGUGCUUGUUUGAACAAUAAACUGCUUGAAAAUACA